ACUGGGGAGACUGAAGCGAACCACGCGCAGCGCUGUUAAAAACCCAGAGCAGACUGCCAGGCUCGGCGUCGGCGGCUACUCCCAUUUGUUUCACCACCUCACCUGAACGGGCAGUGCCCUGCGCGGCUGCGCCCAGUGCCGGGGCACUGUAGUGCCUCCCUCCGUCCCUCGUUCCCGUCUCCUCGCGCACCGAACCAACCCCGUGCGAGGCCGAGGCCGUGACGCGGCGAGAUCGAGCCAGCUAGCUAGCUCCACGUAUCACGCGGCGGGCGGGCGAGAGCCCCAUGAGGCGGUGGCGGCGGGCACGCGCCGCCGCCGCGCUGUCGUGCCUCGCCAUCGCCAUCGCGCUGCUGCUGCUGCUACUGCAGCUCGCCGUCGUUACCGAGGGGAGGGCGCCGUCGUUGCCGCAGCCGCAGGAGCGCGCGCACGGUGACGGUGAGGGCCACGCCCACGUCCACGCGCGCCCUCGCAGUCACAGCGGGAGCGGGCUGCCGCCGUCGACGGGUGCAAGGGCAACGACGACGACCGUGCACCACGCUGUGGGCGUCGUCGGCGCGUCAGUCCGCUUCGACGCCUCCGCCGCAGGUGGUGCCGCUCGUUGGUGUAGUAAGAGCGGCGGGCGGAAAGCAGCGGGCGGCGCCGGCGCUGCUGCUGGCGCAUGCGCCGCCGACGACGACAAGCGGCGGAUACCGACGGGUGCUAACCCUCUGCACAACAGAUAGAUGAUCGCGCGCAAGUGCAACCCGACGAGCUUGCUAGCCUAAGAUCCAUGUUAUCUUUUUUUUUGAGCUUCUUCUGUAGUAGUGAAAAUUGUUUUCCUCUUCCUUUUUCGAGCUUUUUAUCUGCCAGCACCCCGGCCCCAGUGUAUAUUCUGCCUCUCCUUGCUGAGAAACGUACUGUAUUGUACAUAUAGUAUGCUGCAGCAGCCCAUCACCUGAAACUGCUCACUUGGAAUGUGGGCAUGUGUUAAUGCUCUUGUACCCUUUUUAUUUGCCAGCUGCUGCCUGGCCUUGGUCCUGAACAGUAUAGCAUGCGUCCUACUGAUGCUUGAAUUGAA